GUUUUUUUAUUCUUCAGUGGAAUGCUCAUUCAGAACUAUUCCGCAGCGUGAACAUGGCCCAAUGGCAGGAAUACGCCAUGGACGAGUGCAUGGCCUGCCUCGUGUGAAGAUUACUUCAAUUGGUCAGCCAAUGGCGUCUUUUUGACCAUCUGAUAAGGAUAGUAAUAAGCAUCCAAUAGUUGGUUCUAUUGCCUCAAUUGCUUCCCACACUUUGAUUCUCGCUCGCACUCUCUCGUCUUUUCCCUGCACCUUCUUUUGCAUCCCUGCUUCCCUCUCUUGGCUGUCCAUCCCACUGUUACUCCCUCAUCUGUGAAUCAGAUUCAGACAAAACAUGCAACUGAUGUCGAGCGACGGUUCUUCUUCUUCCUCUUCCUCUGUCGACCUCCAGUCCGAGUACGACAACGAGAUCAAGGAGUUCCACUUCCAUUUGUACUGGUUCCAGAACAAUACGGCCUCACAGGCCAGCGCCGUGAAGCUGCGGGAUCGGAUUCUGGAGCUGGUUAAGCAAGGGUUCUUUCAGGUAGUGCCGCUCAGGAACGGGGUCAAUACGUCGCCACGAGGCCCGCAUCCGAUCGGGAGUUAUGAGGUGUGGUGUGCCCGGGAGGAUUUUGCGCGGUGCUACUCUUGGUUUGUCCUGAACCGGGGACCGCAUUCGGUGUUGAUCCAUCCGUUGACGAAAGAGGAGGUUGCGGACCAUUCGUCGAGGGCUACGUGGUUGGGGACACCUGUGCCGUUGGAUUACUCGAACUUGACCCCGCAUCUGGAUCAUGUCCCGUCGCAGUAUCCGGAGCUUGGACUGGGAUACAAUGCUCCUCCCAAGAAGGAAUCGAAUUAAAAUAGCGCAGCCCUGGUACCUCUCCAAGGGGGAAAAAAAGCGGUUUCCAUGUAAUAAACAUCUACG